CCGGCAGUUGCAAACCGUCCGCCACAGAUGGAUUGUACGCCUACGGAGCACGCGUGUGUGCGACUGUGUGUCUGGUUAGGCGCGGAAAAGAACAGUUGCACCCGGCGUGAACGCUGGCCAGUGUGCUCGUGCCAUUUAUUUUCCACCCGGUAACAAAUCUCGCUGCCAACCAGCAAUUUUGUACGCGCGAACGAACGAACCGCAUGCUAGAAGCCGUGGUCGCGCGUAAAGGUGAAAGCAUACAACCCAUCCGACCACCGUUGGUUCGUUGGUGAACGCAGAAUUUAUCACCACGACCGGCACACCAUCUCCGGCUACCAUACAACGCGAUGCAACCAUGGCUACAAGUGUCACUGCUGCUGUGCGUCUUCGGGUUCUUCCGCGAGCUGCGCGUUUCCGAACCAUUCGUCACCGAGUUCCUUUCGGGCGAGUGGCGGGACAUCGAGCCGGAGCAGCUGAACCGUGACGUCUAUCCGAUCGGCACGUACAGCCAGGUCGCACUGCUGGUGUUUAUGUUUCUGCUCACGGAUGUCCUAAGAUACAAAUCGAUAAUUGUAUUUUCCGCCUGCUUGGGUAUCGUCAUCUGGUCGCUGCUGCUGUGGACGGAAUCGCUGGCCGCACUACAGGUCGUGCAAGUACUGUACGGUGCCUACAUGGCCUCGGAGGUUGCCUACUACACGUACAUCUACGCGAAGAUUAGCCGGGAAAAGUAUCAACAGGUGACUGGCAAUACACGGGCCGCCAUCCUGCUCGGCCGCUUCCUGUCCGGCGUUAUCUCCCAGAUACUGGUAUCCACCGGUGCGAUGAACGUACGCGACCUGAAUUACAUUACACUCGGCACGCAAGCCGUUUCUUUGCUUUGGUCAUUUCUGCUACCAUCGGUAAAAACGAGUGUUUACUUCUAUUCGCGCGACGAGGACUCGAAAGCGACCAACGGAACAGUGGUUUGUGAUCCUACUUACCAGCAGCAGCAGCAGCAACCAAGUGGAAAUGCAUUGCAACAUUCCGGGGAAAAUGCUUUGGAUGGUUCAAACAAAUCUUCAACCAACGAGUCUCAAGAUAACUCCCCUGCUGAUCCCAGCAAAACCAUCGAAACUGGAAACACGAAGGAGGAACCCGUAACCACCCAACCGAAGGCACGCUUUUCCGCCUCACGCGCAGUUCGACUGCUGUGGAAACAUUUCAUUUCCGCCUACCGGCAGCUACCAGUCGUCCAGUGGAGCCUCUGGUGGGCCCUAGCGAUGGCCGGCUUCAUCCAGGUGCAGGUGUACGUUCAGCUACUGUGGCACGAAAUCGACCAGGACCAGGGCACGCUGUUCAAUGGGGGUGCCGAAGCACUGCUCACCCUGCUCGGUGCGAUAAGCGCUUUGGCGGCCGGUUACAUCGCAAAUCGAAUCUUCGAACAGUGGGCGCUCUGGAUACUGACCGUCUGCUCCGGGCUGCAGGGUGGACUCAUCUUUUACUCCGGCUUUGCCACCAACAUCUGGGUGGCGUACGUGCUUUACAUCCUUUUCGGCACACUGUACCUGUUCAUGGUCACGAUGGCAAGUGCCAUCGUGGCGAAGUAUCUCGAGGAGGACAGUUUCGGGCUGAUCUUCGGCAUCAACACGUUCGUGGCGAUCGGUGUGCAGGCGCUGCUAACGCUCGCCACCAUCUCCGAGCGUGGCCUGAUGCUUGACCCACGGGACCAGUUCAAGGUGUACGGUGGCUACUUUUUGGUGCUAUCGAUAAUCUACCUAAUUGCUGCCAUCGUCGCCAGUGUGGCCCGACUGUGGACGCCCCAAACGGAAGCAACCACAACCGUCCCGGAAAGUUCACCAGCUCAAUCCACCGAUCCACGGUGCGCAUCGACAACCGUAAGUGGCCGAAUGGAAUAGAGGAAACAACAGCAGUAGCAGGAGGAAAAAAAAGCAUACUGGUUCGAAACACAACUUCGUCAUUUAGUGGCAGACUUCACGGCAGGGGCGUUGCUGGCCCAUGCUGUCAGCGUGACACCGUAUGUCAAGCAGCUUCUGGGGAGCGCUUGAACCGCUGGCGGAAGGAGAAAACAAGCUAUUCAAAAAGCGGACAACGAUUGAAACUGAAUCCACCAGCACCAGCAGCACCAGCAGCAAAACACACCGGAAACACUUCGGUCAAUCGUUUGAGCAAAACAAACUUCUCAUCCUCAUCCGAAGUGCUCACCGAAAACUGGUGAGGAGCCGGGUUCCCAAGUAGCCGGGUUGGGAAAAUCGACACAAGAGGCUGCUGCUUUAUGGCAACAAAAAACUGGAAGUUCAUCCACUUGGGAGGCACCGAAGAACCGUGCUACCGAUCUCCCGAACCGACGGGCAGAGGACGUUGUGCAGAAUAAAAACACACUUCCAGCUUGAACACCCGCGACCCAUACGUUCCCAUCGCAACGAACCAGCACAGAGGGUUUGUGAAUGGGGUGAAAACUGACGCCACGGAAAUCCUUCAACUUCCGGCGCGGACACUCACACCCCCCCCCCCUCGCUUCCUCUCUCUUCUGCAAGAAGUGGCACGAGCUCCACGGCAACCCGAAAAAGCGUUGGAUGUAGCUUUCGGGUUCACAUUUAUCAUCAACCUUCCGGAGAAGGAGCUUUCCCACCGAUCGUUCCUACUCACAGUUCGGAUCCGUUCCACGCUCACACCGGAAGCUGCUAAACCAUCAUAUACAAAACAUUAUUUUUCAUCGCAUCGCCACCAACCAACCGACGAAAAGUCAGCGCGCCCUUCCACUGCACCGUACCGGCACGAGGUACCGAAGGCAUCCAUCUUGACGUCGCCCGGCUUGCCAUCUGCAACUCCUCGACCGCUCGACAGCGGAAGCUCCGCUCGGUUGAAACUUUUGCGCUGCAUCACACAAUGCACAACGGCACACAAUGUGCAGCCAACGGACGAAAAUGGCAAUUGCAUCACUUCCUAUCCUGCAAUCUUCCCUCCCAGCAUCCCAAGUCAAACGAUUUUGUUCUAUCUUUUAUCAAGUUCUGGCUCGUGAACCCCGCCACGGAAAGCUGUUUCACUCAGGGCAAUGAUUUGAUGUAGCCAUUGGCAUUGGACGGGUUGUCCAAAGAAAACUGGACGGUGGCAAAGCGAGGCGCGCCCGAUGCCGGAAAAGAAAUUAGGUUAAAUAAAUGUCAGCCAUAUUAAUGAUAUUUCAUUCGCUCCUAAAAGCUUUUUCGUAAGCUGCGCCGGUUCUUCUUCUAUCGCCUCCCACCGAUUUUGCGAUUCGAACAUCCGCCCCCGUAAGGAGUUGUUGGCGUUAUGGUCGUACACAAAACGAUCGCAUUUCAGCACACCAACGAUAAUGAUUAGUGCAAUGAAUCAUCGUUAGCUUGCAGUGGAAAACAAUAGUGUUCCGGCGAAACGACGCUCCGGGCAGAGGCAGCAACAACGCUAAGUGCCCCGUCUGCUAGCAGCGAUCAUUGCUGGUAGAUCAUUUAUUAUCCAAGCGGUAGGGUAGCGCAAGCUGGACGCCUCAACCGGUGGCGCCAACGCGCUAACAGUGGAGUAAUGUUUUAUUGGCAUGCCUGCCCGGGGAAGUAACGCUAUCCAUCCAUCCGCUCAAUUGCUUUGCAUUCGCUCCCGUUCGCUAUUCCGGCUUUGAUCUUCCAAGUGAUGAUGUUGUCGAAAGUAUUCCUCCACUGGUCCACUGGGACGGUAUAGAAUAUCCUCUUGUGCACAAAUCAAGCUAAAAAGUGCGAAAUAUUUGCAAUUCAAUAGCGA